CCUAAACUUUGCUGGUGGUUGGAGAAGUAGUUCUUGUAGCCAUCAGCCCAUACUGAGGUAGACACACAAGCUGUGCCACUCUCUACCUGGCUGCAUAAUUUUGACCCCGAGUCCUGCUGCUCUCCUCGUCCAUCUGUGACAUCCCCUCAGUGGUCUAGGUUGAGGUAUUUUCUACCACCAUGGAGGAUUCGUCAGAGCAGUCCCACUGGGUGUCUCCGGCUCUGCUCAGCUCAGAUCCUCUCGCCGGUUUCUCUUCUGAGCCCGGCCUGCUGCCUCCAGGAGAAGAGGGAGAGGCCUUCUUCUCCAACCAGGACCCAGACUACACCAGCCUGCCCUCCUUCUUCUCUAACCCAAGCCACAGUCGAGCACCAUCCACCUACAGACACAGCUCGGUUCGUCAGGUGUUCUCCUCGCCGAGCCUCCUCAGCAACCUCCAGCUGCUGGACGGGGGGGGCAGCCACUCCCUGAGCUCACCCUACAACCCUCCGGUCUCCACCUGGAGCAGCAGCCCCCUCACCAAGAAUCCGCUGCACUCACACACCCCGACCUCCCUCUACACCCCCGGCGUCACGUCCUCUUUCACCACCUCCAGGGACGGAUACUUGUCUCCAAGCAGAGAGGGCAGAGAGAGCCCCCGGCUUCAGGAGGCCCUGAAGGCCGAGCGCCUGAGCCCGCUGGGAGGGUUGGGGUCCAGCAGCAGUUUUCUGAACCUGACACCUGCUGCUGGGAGUGUAUACACUCCGUCGUCCCACUCCCACCCACACAUGUUGAGCCCCUACAGCUCCUACAUGACGGGUCCACAAGACUACAACUCUGCUGCCCUCUACUCCAGCCCUGGAGCCUGGAUUAAUCCCUCAUACUCGCCUAAACUCCACAAUAAGAUGCGGAUAUCCACUCCAGAGGCCAGAGAGUGUGUUAACUGUGGAGCCACAGCUACGCCGCUGUGGCGUCGGGAUGGUACAGGCCACUACCUGUGCAACGCCUGUGGACUGUACCACAAGAUGAACGGCCAGAACAGACCACUAAUCCGACCCAAGAAGAGACUGAUUGUCAGCAAGCGGGCAGGCACACUGUGUGCCAACUGUCACACAAGCACAACGACACUGUGGAGACGCAACGCUAAUGGAGAGCCUGUGUGUAACGCGUGUGGACUCUACUUUAAACUGCACAAUGUCAACCGGCCCCUCACCAUGAAAAAGGACGGCAUUCAGACAAGGAACAGAAAAGUGUCCAACAAAAAUAAGAAGAGCAAGAAGGUCGCCAUGUUUGAGCAGUACUCAGAGGUGACUCAGCCAUCCUCCCUGGAUGGCAGCGGUGGGCCUUUUUCCCUCGGCCCUGGGACUCUCCUCACCUACAGCCACACACCACACCUUAUCACAACACCAUCUCCCCUGCAUCCCUCCGCCUCCCUACCCUACACACAUCACCUUAACUCUGGCAUGGUGCCCACACUGGUGUGACAUGACAAAACAGGCCCCUGAAAGCUGUAUAUUUAGGAAUCUAGCUUGCUUGCCAGUCAUUCGUGGGAAUUUGUACAUAUGUGUUUCUACACAGGAUGUCAUGUGAAUGUGAAUGAAUUUUUCACUGUAUUUUAGGGGAAAGCACCAAUUCACGUUGAUCAAGUGCUUGUUUGAAAUCAGAUAAGGGAAUUGUUUCAGCUGUAAAUACAAACAAACACAAAUCUGAUUUGACUGCCACAUCCGAGUCUUUAUCCCUCUUCUGUUAUUCAUAAUGUGAAAUUAUGUUUUGGUUUUGUGUUACAGAGGCCUGUUUUGUAUUUGCAAAUUUGUAUUUGUAUGACAUUACCAUAUUGAAACUCUACGGAGAAAAUAAUAAAAUGUGUGACUGAA